ACCGUAAGAUAAUAGCGAUGGCCACUCUUUUCAAAUUUGGAAAAGCCAUAUUCAAAGGAGAAACAACUAAGACCAAGAACAGAUAUAGAACCAGUGGCGGGGUCAACUUGUUCUUCUUUCCCCUCCACCAUCCACCACUAUGAAACCAAACACUUGAUCCACUCUCUCUUUCAUAAUCCUUAAAUAUUACAAACUCUCUUACGUUUGUUUGCUCUUUCAAACAUGCUGGGUUUUUGUUCCUUCUUCUUUUGGUUCUUUUUCUCUCACGCUUUUUUCACCACAGUUUCAUUCUCUGCGGACACCUUAACCUCAACACAAAUCCUCAGAACCAACGAAACCCUCCUAUCAUCAAACCAGGUUUUUGUUCUGGGCUUCUUCACGGGUCUCAAUUCCAACUUGUAUUUGGGCAUAUGGUACAGCAACAUUGACGAUGGAACAGUCGUUUGGGUGGCAAACAGAGACAACCCACUUCAGAACUCCUCAGGAUUUCUCAAAAUCGGAGACAAUGGAAACAUGGUUGUCGUGAAUCCAUCAAAGAACCCCGUUUGGUUCUCCAACCAAACCACAGCUAAAAAUCCCGUUCUUCAGCUUUUGAACACUGGGAACUUAGUUCUUAGAGAAGCAAACUUAAAUGAAACCGAUCCCACAAACACACAGUAUCUAUGGCAGAGCUUCGAUUACCCAACAGACACACUGUUACCGGGAAUGAAGAUGGGGUGGAACUUGGACACGCGCACGGAGAAGCACAUAACAUCAUGGAGUAACACAGGGGAAGACCCUUCAACCGGUAACUAUUCUUUCAAGAUGGAUUAUCGUGGGCUACCCGAAAUUUUCUUGUGGUUCAACAAUAAAACAAAAACAUACAGAAGUGGGCCUUGGAAUGGUGAUAGAUUCAGUGGGGUACCCGAGAUGCAACCAGACACAGAUUCUAUCACGUUUAAUUUUUCAUCAGAUCGACAUGGAGUGUACUACUCCUUCUUCAUUGGGAACCAAUCGAUAUUUUCAAGGCUCAUUGUUACUUCCUAUGGUGAACUUCAGCGCCUAACUUGGGUACCAAGCAGCAAGACUUGGACAAAGUUUUGGUAUGCACCUAAAGAUCAGUGUGAUGGGUAUAGCGAGUGUGGUCCUUAUGGAAUAUGUGACUCUAAUGCUUCUCCGGUUUGCACGUGUAUGAGAGGGUUCAGGCCUAAGAAUCAGCAGGCUUGGAAUUUGAGAGAUGGGUCUGACGGGUGUGUGAGAAACACGGAUUUAGAUUGUGGAAGUGAUAAGUUUUUGCAUUUGCAGAAUGUGAAGUUGCCAGAGACAAGUAAUGUGUUUGUGAACAGGAGCAUGAGCCUUGUGGAAUGUGGAGAUUUGUGCCACGGGAACUGUUCCUGCACUGCUUAUGCUAACAUUGAGAUCACGAAUGGAGGAAGUGGGUGUGUCAUGUGGAUUGGUGAACUCAUAGACAUGAGGCAGUAUCCUGAGGGAGGCCAAGAUCUCUAUGUCAGAUUAUCAGCUUCUGAUUUAGAUAAUGUAGGAUCUGCAGGUGGCUCUCACAAGACAAACCGUAGAGCUGAGGUUGCAGGAAUUACAAUUUCUGUAGCUGUUAUAAUUUUGGGAUUGGGUGUCAUUUUAUGUAAGAAGAGGAAAAUGUUACGUAUAUCUAAUGGCAAGAGAGAGAACAGAGGUCCUUUCCAAAGAAGUCGGGAUUUGCUAAUGAAUGAGGUGGUGCUUUCAAGUAAUAGAGAAAACUCGGGAGAAAGGAACAUGGAUGAUCUAGAGUUGCCAAUGUUUGAUUUUAAUACCAUAACAAUGGCUACAAACAACUUCUCUGAAGACAACAAACUUGGUCAGGGAGGCUUUGGCAGUGUUUACAGGGGUAGGUUGAUAGAAGGCCAAGAGAUUGCUGUCAAGAGGUUAUCAAGAAACUCUGGCCAAGGAGUUGAAGAAUUUAAGAAUGAGGUCAAGUUAAUUGUUAAGCUUCAACAUCGAAAUCUAGUUCGGCUUUUUGGUUGCUGCAUUGAGAUGGACGAGAAACUGCUGGUGUAUGAGUACAUGGAAAAUAGAAGCCUUGAUUCCAUUUUGUUUGACAAAGCCAAAAAGCCCUUACUGGAUUGGGAAAGGCGAUUCAACAUUAUAUGUGGAAUAGCAAGAGGGAUUCUUUAUCUGCAUCAUGAUUCCAGAUUCAGGAUUAUCCAUAGGGAUCUCAAGGCAAGUAAUGUUCUACUUGACAGUGAAAUGAAUCCAAAGAUAUCAGACUUUGGGAUGGCUAGAAUUUUUGGUUCCGAUCAGACAGAAGCAAAUACAUUAAGGGUUGUUGGAACAUACGGCUAUAUGUCUCCUGAAUAUGCUAUGGAUGGGAACUUCUCAGUGAAAUCUGACGUUUUUAGCUUUGGAGUUCUAGUGCUGGAAAUUAUAAGUGGAAAGAAAAAUAGAGGAUUCUAUUAUUCGAACAAUGACAUGAAUCUUCUAGGGAAUGCAUGGAAACUGUGGAAAGACGGCAGUGCAUUGGAACUCAUAGAUUCGUCAGUUGGAGAUUCAUAUUCGCCAUCUGAAGUUCUUAGAUGCAUACAUGUUGGGCUAUUGUGUGUCCAAGAACGUCCAGAAGAUAGGCCAACAAUGUCUUCAGUGAUGUUGAUGCUGAGUAGUGAAACUUCAUUAAUGCCACAACCCAGAAACCCUGGCUUUUCCAUAGGAAGGAAUCCUGCAGAGACUGAUUCUUCCUCAAGUAAGCAAGAUGAAUCAUGGAGUGUGAACCAAGUCACAGUCACAUUAUUAGAUGCUAGGUAGUCAAAGAAGCAAGACAUCACCUAACAUAUUUGUAUAUUCCCAAAAGUAUAAAAAAAAAUAUUCUGUAAAUUUUCCUUCCUCUGACAGAUGCGGCAUCUUUGAGAUCUACUUUGAUCUUGUUUUGGUCUAAUAUGUAAGAGAGAUCAUUAUUGAGAAACAUACUGCUUAGUUUAAGACUUGAUGCGACUUUCUGCCGCUGAAAUCUAGUUUAUUCAUUCACUCUCAUGGUUGUC